UGUGGAUUAUGGGUACAACUGCCAGCACAGCUCAGCAGACAGUAGCAACAGCAACAUUUGAGAAUAUUCACGGCAGCGGAACCAUGGAGGAUCACCAUUCCCUCAGUAUCCACUCCUUCCAGACCAUUGGCCUCCACAAUAACAAAGCCAAGUCUAUCAUUACUAAUAAGGUGGCGCCUGUUGUCAUUACCUACAACUGCAAGGAAGAAUUUCAAAUACAUGAUGACUUAUUGAAAGCCAGCUAUACUGUGGGGCGGAUUACAGAAUCUACUCCAGAACACUAUCUUGUCCAGGGGAAAUAUUUUAUGGUCCGUGAUGUAUACGGCAUAUUAGAUGUCCUGAAUACUUCCAGCACUUGUGGGGCUCCCAACUUUCGGCAGGCCAAAGGAGGAUAUGCAGUGUUUGGGAUGGGGCAGCCCACCUUUGGUGGAUUCAAGCAAGUUCUGCAGAAGCUCCAGAAUGAUGGUCAUAAGGAAUGUAUUGUGUUUUGCGUUCGUGAAGAACCUGUACUUUUUCUGCGGAUGGACAAUGAUUUCAUCCCCUACACUCCAAGAGCAAAGGAGAACUUGAAGGAGAACCUACACAAUCUGCACACAGGAGUUAAAGUAGAAGACCUGGAAGUCUCUAUUCGAAAAGAGAUCCAUGACUUUGCCCAGCUGAGUGAGAAUAUAUAUUAUGUCUACAAUGAUACUGAACAUUUCAAAGAUGAGCCACAUUCAGUCAAAAUUUUCUGUGAAGAAGACAUCCAGGUGACGGAGGAAGUGUACAAGAGGCCUGUCUUCCUGCAGCCAUCUUAUAGAUACCAUCGUCUGCUUUUGCCUAUGGAUGGAGCUCCUUUAGACACACAGUUUGAUGCUUUCAUCAGUUUCCUUCGGGAAAGUCCAAAUCUGCUCUUUCUCCAAGAUCCCAGCAAGCCACCUCCUGCCCUGGUUUUUAGUUGCCAAACUGGUGUCGGGAGGACCAAUUUCGCCAUGAUCUUAGGAACUCUGGUCCUCUAUCACCGUAAACGUGGCCUGGAAAAACAAGAUCACAGCCUUCCACAGUCUACCAAAUAUUCACCCAGGGAACAAUUUCGGAUUAUUCAGAACUUCAUCGGCAUGGUACCCAACGGCCAACGGAUAGUGGAAGAGGUGGAUGCUGCCAUUGCCUUAUGUUCAGAAAUGCAUGAUGUGAAGGAAGCCAUGUAUGAAUACAAGAGGAAAUUGGAAGGAAUUGGAGAAGAUUAUCAAAACCAGAAGAACGGCACCAAAGAGUGUUUCCUUCAGAAGACAUUACAGAGACUUGAACGUUAUUUCUUCUUGAUCAUUUUCAAUUAUUACCUUCAUGAACAGUAUCCCUUGGCUUUUGCUCUCAAUUUCAGUAGAUGGAUCUGCAGGCACCCUGAGCUGUAUAGACUUCAAGCCAACAUGAAUCUGUCAGAACUUACAAUCACAGCGGAACAGAUAACUAAGGGAGUACGAGUUGUGGAUGAACGGUUUUCUCCAGAUGUUCUUAGUACCAUCAAAGACAUGAACGUGGCCAAUUUCCGGAGAGUUCCUAAAAUGCCUGUGUAUGGAAUGGCUCAGCCCAACUCCAAGGCAAUUGGGAAUGUCUUGAACUAUUUGACAGAUGCAAAGAGGAAACAUUCUCACAUCUUAUGGAUUAAUCUCCGUGAAGAUAUAGUUCUAGAAGAGAAUGAACAAACCUAUACCUUACGGGAAAUUGGCAAUCUGGAACAGCAGAUAACGGUACCCGUAGCAUCAUCAGAACAACUAGAGAAACUGGAAUCUGUCUUGAAGAAUGAUCUGCUGAAAUCCCAGAAACGGAUUGAGGUUUAUUUGGAACAGGAGAAACAGAUGAAAAUAUUGAAAUCAUGCUUAACCAUGCAGGAGAUAUUUAACCAGCACAAAAGCAAUUGCCAAGGGCUGGCCUACAAACGGAUCCCAGUUCCAGACUUCUGUGGUCUGAAGGAGAAGGACUUUGAUCAGAUGCUGGAAGCCAUGAAGGGUGCACUGGCUGAAGACUCUCACACAGCCUUUGUGUUCAACUGUCACAGUGGCAGAGGAAGAACUACAACAGCCAUGGUUAUUGCUGUCCUCAUCCUUUGGCAUUUCAAUGGAAUCCCUGAGAUCACGGAGGAUGAGAUUGUGAGUGUGCCUGAUGCCAAAUACACAAAAGGAGAAUUUGAGGUGGUAAUGAAAGUGGUCCAGAUAUUGCCAGAGGGACACCGAAUGAAGAAGGAGGUUGACAUGGCAUUGGACACAGUGAGUGAAACGAUGACACCUAUGCACUACCACCUGAGAGAAAUCAUCAUUAGUACUUACAGACAGGGGAAAACUGCAAAGGAGGAAGCAGACAUGCAGACCUUACAGCUAAGGAGCCUGCAAUUCUUGGAACGUUAUAUUUAUCUCAUUCUGUUCAACGCGUAUCUUCACUUGGCAAAAAAAGACUCCUGGGAGAAACCUUUCAGCGUCUGGAUGCGUGAGGUGGCAGCCAAGGCGGGUGUCUACGAGAUCCUGAACCAGCUGGGUUUUUCUGAAUUUGAAACUCUGGACAGCCAGGCACUCUCCCAGCUUCGCUAUCGCUGGCAGGAGCAAAGCCGUAGCAUCCUGCCCUUCCGAGGAGAGUUCAUUUAGGACUCAACG